AUGUCCCUCCUAGCCCUUCCUAACGAGCUCCUCCUCCCUAUCGCCGAAUACCUCACCGACGCCCACGAUGUCAAUGCUUUCCUACAGACAUCCCGCCGCUUGGCCAUCCUCCUCACUCCUCUCCUCAAUGAACACGCCUUGCAGCCCAAACACUCCAUGACCGCUCUCUUUUGGGCUACCGCCAAUGCCAAUGCCCCCCUCUCACACCUCCUGCUCACGCAAGGCUCACACAUCGUCGUCCCCGCCCCAACCACCAAAGGCGCGUUCCGCGAACUCCACAAGUCGCCGUCCCCCUGCGCCGACACCGUUCUGCGUUACGUCGUCGCCCAGGGCGUCAACCUCACGCUUCAAGACCGAAACGGAACAAACUGGUCUGCGCUACACUGGGCCGCCGCGCGCGGCGGCGGACAUAUGAUCCGCUUCCUAAUCGACCGCGGCGCUGACGUGGAUAUGCGCGAUCACCAGGGUCGGACGUCGCUGCACUUAGGACCGUGGUUUGGGACGAGGGUGGUGGAACUGCUGGUGGAUUGUGGGGCGGAUAUUGGCGCGCGGGAUGGUGAGGGAGGCACGCCGUUGCAUGCGGCGGUGAGGUACUCGAAGGAGGUGGCAGAGGCAUUGUUGAGGAGAGGAGCGGACCCGAAUGCGAAGGAUAGUGAGGGCAGGACGCCGCUGCAUGUGGCGGCAGACGGGAGUAAGGGAUGUGUGGGGUUGUUGUUGGCGCAUGGCGCGGAUAUGGCGGUGAGAGAUAAAGCGGGGAGGACACCGCUGCAUUUGGCGACGAGGUUUAAAGGUGGGGCGGAGGCGGUGAAGUUGUUGGUGGAGAGGGGGGCGAGCAUUAUGGCUUAA